AUGUUUGACUUUAGCAAAGAACAAAUUGAACGCUACAGCCGACAUAUUAUCCUCAAAGAGGUCGGUGGGAUGGGGCAGACACGGCUGCUUGAAUCAAAAGUGCUACUCAUCGGUGCGGGCGGACUCGGCUCCCCCGUCGGGGUCUACCUCGCCGCGGCAGGAGUCGGUACACUCGGCAUCAUUGACGAUGACGUGGUUGAUCUCAGUAAUUUGCAACGUCAGAUUUUGCACGGCACCAGCGACAUCGGCAUCCCGAAGACAAAAUCCGCAGAAGCCACUAUCGCAGAGAUGAACCCCGAUGUCAAGGUGGUUCCGUACAAUGAACGGAUUACCUCAGAAAAUGCCUUCCAGAUUCUGGAACAAUACGAUCUGAUUGUGGACGGGUGCGACAACAUACCGACGCGCUACCUCCUCAACGAUGCCUCCGUUCUGUUAGGCAAACCGGUUGUGCAUGGAAGUAUCUUCCAGUUUGAAGGGCGGGUGACUGUCCUGUAUCCGGGCAAAAGGUCCGUGUUACCGAUGCAUCUAUCCUGA